UAUGGAUCGACAUGCGUAUCGGGACGAAAUGUAGUCCGAAACCGGGACGUCGAAAAAUAGGGGCCGAAAUCUAGUCUCUCUCUAAUCAAUCGCAGCAGGGGACGGCUGCAAUUUUCAAAUGAAUUCCGUUCUUGUAUCUUCUGACAUAUUAAAUUAAAACCCUCGAUUCGAUACGACCAACGAUAUCCAGAACUAAACGAAAAAAACCAAAAACCUUCUUCUCACCAUCUUUACGCAAAACCUCAAAAAUCCCAUCACAUUGAACAUCCCUUUUUUCCUUCUCCCCAAAAUACCCCUCCAGAGAAGAUGCUCUCCCGCGCCUUCCACGACCGGAGGAAGAUGGGGCCCACCAAGAGUCCGAGAGGGGCCGAGGACGGGGGCAGCGUCGGCAGCAACAACAGCAGAUCGCGGUCCUACCAGCAGGACGACGACGAGGAGCCGUUCGGCUACAUGACCGACCUGCCCCUUACCUUCUGCGGUGGGCCCCGCUUCCGGCCCUUAGGGCUGAGGGAGGUCCUCCAGUCGUCCGUACAGGUUCUGGGCGAGAGCGGACUGGGGAUCUCUGAGAAGAUCGUCCUGUCGGACGGCGUCUUCGCAGCGAAGCGCUUCAGGCGCGUCUCCGUCAGCAAGAGCGAGUUCAGGAGGCGCGUUGAGCGCCUGGCGCACGUUAGCGCACGGUGUGAGUACCUGGUCCCGCUGCGGGCGUAUGUUUACGCCAAGCGUGUUAAGGUGGUGCUAUGCCGGUACUACGCCAUGGGCAGCCUCGCCGAUUUGCUGACGGGUGCGAGGGAUCUGGGCCACACCCCCUUGGACUGGCAUAAACGGCUUGUGAUCAUCCUCCAUGUGGCCCGUGCGAUCUCCUUCAUCCAUUCACAAUCUCCCCCACAAGAGAAACACCUCCAAAUGAAUGCACAUGGCAACAUCAAAGCCUCCAAUGUGUUCGUCCAGAUAGAUUUCUCGGCCUGCUUAUCAGAUUACGGCUUUGUUCAGCUGGCUGAGCGGCCGGAGUCCGUCGUUGUCCGGCCGAAGAUGCCGGAAAUAACCGACUUCGCCGGGAAGUCAUCCCAGAGAUGUGAGUUGACACAGAAGAGCGACAUCUACCACUUUGGUAUCAUGGUGCUGGAUCUUCUAGGUGGGCCCACAGCCCCAUUCCAGAUAAACUGUAUAUUAGAGAGGAAAGAGGAGAUCAAGGCUGGUAAGAUAAGCUUUUUUGAGUUUAUUGUAGAGGGGACGGCCAAGAAGCGAGCAUUGAAAGUUCUGGACAUGGCUUUGUCUUGCACCAAUCGGUCUCCUGAUGCAAGGCCCACCAUUGAUCAGAUAUUGGGAGUUUUGAGAGAGGUUUGGACCGUUUGAUCAAACAUUUAUAAAUCUGUUUAUCUAUCUAUACUUUUUUUUGUAUAGACAAUACUUUUAUUUACAUUCCUUGCAACAUUGCCACGUUGGAUGGCCUACCUUUAACUGCUGUAAAUGUGGACUUUUGGUUUUGAUUGUCCAUUUUCUUGA